AUGUAUUUUGAAAAACAAACCUUACAAUCCGAUCAAUCAAUAACAUAUAAUGGACAAGUUAAAAUAUGGUACUUGAUUGUAAUCGUGGUAUCAUUAAUUGGAACCGGUGUUUAUAUAACAAAGAGAAGAUGGUUAUGGGAUCAUGCUUUAAGACUUGUUUUAUCGGAAUUAUUCCUUUUUGCAUUAUGGUUUUCAUCAGGAGUGGCAAAUUUUGAUCCGUGGUAUUCAGGACCGGGCUUAAGAUGUGAUUUAAUUCGUACAGGCUAUAUGAAUUCCUCCAUAGAAAAAUUGGCAGAAUUGGCAGAAUUGCAAUGUAACACGCUUAUAGCAAGCUUGUCAUUUGGAUGGAUAAAUGUAGGGUUACACGUGGUCUCGUUAUUAAUUGCGAGGAAACGAGCAUCCGAGUUGAAUUGGGUCAGCAUGCCAUCAGGAAAACGUAUUUCUCUGAGACCUGCUCGUCGUCAGGUAUUCUUUUAA